AUGCCUCUCUUCUUCAGUGAAGCAUCUAAGCGACAGAAGAAUGGGGACCGUACGGGCGGAACAGCUCCUGUGUUCAUCGCAUCGAGUCCUCUUCCUUACCCAUUGAGCACACCGACGGCCGUGUAUCAGCAGCAACCGCCUCUAUGGCCUCAGCCGCAGGGUCACUAUGUCGGCCCAGUACCUCAGCCUUACGGUGGCUCGACCGUCUCCCUGCCACCGAACUGUAACGGACAAGUAGAUUGCAGUACGGCAUCUUUGCAACCUCAGCAUACCUGGCCCCAGUCGCAGACAAUCCAUGCACAUUCUGGCCCACCACGGCUUGCUGGCUAUGGAUUGCAAGAGAAGAUUGGAGACAAACUGGGUGACGUGAUAUCGCUGAUUGACGAAGAAGCAUUUUCAGGUUCUUCAGAAGAGCUUGCUAUUACACUACAGGAAUCUGGCAGUGGGGAUGAUGGUGGAAUAUACUCUGCGGCUCAACAGUCGCGGAGGGCGUUGGUAAGGCAGGAGAAGGCUCAACCGCCGCCGAAACCAGCAGGUCAAGAGAAGGAGGUCAAUGUAUUCUCCAAGGUCGACCUAUAUAUGAAUUCGCGACUACCUGCUUCACUGCCUCCUCUGCGAGUGUACAUGCCGACAUACCCACUCCUGUGCCUCGCAGCACAGUGUUCCGCGUCGGCCUAUUACUCGCCGCGCUCGACGGCGGAACGCAAGGACUUUGUGUCGGCCGACAGUCGACUCGGCACCAAGGCAAUGGUGAUCAAGUCGAUACCAUGCGACGACAAAAAGACGAUUGUGUUCGCGAUCCGUGGGACCAGCAUGCUCAGCAUUCGUGACUGGGGAGUCAAUCUGAGUACCGAGCCAGUAUCGCCAGCAGGCUUUCUCGAUGACGCAGGCAACCUGUGCCAUUCGGGGUUUUUGAAAGUCGCCAAAGCAAUGGUCAGGCCUAUCGCGGCAAGGCUGCGGCAUCUCCUGGAAGAGAACCCCAAUCGGACCAGCUGCUCUCUCUUAAUCACGGGUCACAGUGCUGGGGGCGCGGUGGCCAGCCUUCUGUACGCCCACAUGCUCGCCGAGACGGUAGAGUCGGAACUCAAUGUCUUGACGGGCUGUUUCAAGAGGGUUCACUGCAUCGCGUUUGGCGCGCCGCCUGUCAGUCUCCUGGCCCUCCAGAAACCCGACAGUGCUGACGGGCGACUGCGCAAAUGUCUGUUCCACUCUUUCAUCAACGAAGGUGACCCAGUUGUGCGUGCUGAAAGGGCAUAUGUCAAGAGUCUAGUCGAUCUUCUUGCCCGCCCGAUUCCGUCUUUCCCCGCCAACAAGACCAAAACUGACACCAAGGCCAAGAUCGAGGCCAUUACGACGUGUCCUUCCACUGCUCCCCUGAACAUGCUAGGAGCUUCAAUAUCUCGACUCGACCUGUCCCUGAACCCUACGAAGAAACCGAAGGCGAAGCAGCCGAAAUCAAAGCCAUCCUUACCGACCCGGAAGCUGUGGUGGGAAGUCCCACCCGCGACCCUAUCGAAUGCUGGCCGUCUGAUAGUUCUCCGCGUGCCGGACGGCGGCAAAGAGUCUGACGUGACAGCCUCUAUCGUCAAGGAUGAGCAGCUGCGACAAGUCAUCUUCGGUGAUCCUCUUGCUCACGCAAUGGACCUGUACGCCCGGCGCAUCGAAGCGCUAGCCGUGAGAGCGGUCACAGGGAGAAACGGGGCCUGUUGA